GAUGCGGGGCCGGGGCGCGGGUGGCCGCGGCUGCGGGGCGUGAGCGGAGCCAUGGCCAACGUCAAGGUGGCCGUGCGGGUCCGGCCUCUGAGCAAAAGAGAGACUGCAGAAGGAGGAAGAGUGAUUGUAGAAAUUGAUGACAAAGUGGCAAAAGUCAGAAAUGUAAAGGUUGACAGUAGACUUGAUAGCAGUUGGGACUCAAGAGAAAAAACUGUGGCCUUCAGCUUUGAUUACUGCUACUGGUCAGUUGAUCCUGAAGAUCCAAAGUAUGCAUCUCAGGAAAUGGUGUUCCAGGACCUUGGCACUUCUGUGUUGUCAGGUGCAUUUAGAGGAUACAACAUCUGCCUCUUUGCAUAUGGACAGACAGGUUCAGGAAAAACUUACACAAUGAUGGGAACACCUGCGUCCAUUGGGCUGACACCUCGUAUAUGUGAGGGUCUCUUUUCAAGGAAGGAUGAUUACUCAGACCAGACAGCAUCUUGCAGGGUAAAGGUCAGUUUUCUUGAAAUCUAUAAUGAGCGUGUCCGAGAUUUGUUAAAACAGUCAGACCGAAAGAAACCUUAUACGCUUCGUGUCCGAGAGCACCCAGAAACAGGACCAUAUGUACAAGGAUUGACUCAGCAUUUAGUUACAGACUACAAGCAAGUUGUAAAACUUCUAGAAGAAGGAAUAGCUAAAAGAAUCACAGCAGCUACACAUAUUCACAGUGCCAGCAGCAGAUCCCAUGCUAUCUUCACCAUCCACUACACUCAGGCUAUAUUGGAGAACAAUCUCCCCUCUGAAAUUGCAAGCAAGAUCAACUUAGUGGACCUUGCAGGCAGUGAAAGAGCGGAUCCCAGUUACUGUAAAGAUAGAAUUACUGAAGGUGCCAAUAUUAACAAGUCAUUAGUGACACUUGGAAUCGUCAUAUCCACUUUAGCACAAAAUUCGCAGAUGUUCAGCAGCUGCCAGAGCAUUAACACCAUAGCAAGCGAAGGGGAGAGCAGUCAUGCAGACAGUCCUUCCCCGGGCAGCGUCAGUGGGACCAGGCGGCCGGCUUACAUCCCAUACCGUGACUCCAUCCUCACCUGGCUUCUGAAGGACAGUCUGGGGGGCAACUCCAAAACCAUUAUGAUUGCCACUAUCUCCCCUGCCAGCUCCAGCUACAAUGAGACCAUGAGUACCUUGAGAUACGCUUCAAAUGCCAAAAAUAUUAUUAACAAGCCCAGAGUGAAUGAGGAUGCAAACGUGAAACUGAUCAGAGAACUGAGAGAGGAAAUUGACCGGUUGAAAACUAUGCUGAUGAGCUUUGAACUGAGGAAUUCCAGUCCAUCUUGGAGUGAUGACAGGGAUGGAAAUCUGACUGAGCUGGUCCUUCAGAAUGAAAUGAAGAUUGAGCAAUUGACCAAAGACUGGACAAGUAAGUGGACAGACAGGAAAGCCAUCAUGGAAGAGUACAGUGUGGACAUCAACAAAGAAAAAGCUGGAGUAACAAUAGAUUCUAGUUUACCUCAUCUAAUGGCCAUGGAUGAUGAUAUCCUCAGUACAGGAGUGGUGCUGUAUCAUCUCAGGGAAGGAACAACCAAAAUUGGAAGAAGUGAUUCAGACCAAGAUCAAGACAUUGUUUUGCAGGGACAGUGGAUUGAAAGGAAUCAUUGUAUGAUAGACAACAAUUGUGGGAUCGUGACCCUGCGAGCAGUUCCAGGCGCUCACUGCUCUGUGAAUGGAUGUGAAGUCACUGGAUCAUGUCGCCUGUCACAAGGGGCCCUUGUUGUCCUUGGCAAGUCUCACAAGUUCAGAUUCAAUCACCCAGCAGAAGCUGCUAUCUUAAGACAAAGAAGAUCAAUUAAUGAAACCCCACCCACUCUGAGUUGUGGAGCUUUGGACUGGCUCAACUUAGAUGGAAGCUGCACCAAUUCUCCACAUUAUGUCCUUUCUUCUCUUUACAAUCAAAAAUGUAGAAACUGUAAAGAAAACAAAUGUUCUCCUGAACUAAGCAAAGAAAUAAAUGCUGUGCGUGAAGAGUACAAGCAGAAACUGAGAGACCAGGAAGCUUUCCACAGAACACAGAUUCAACGACAGCAGCUCUAUGUUGAGGAUUUAAAGCAACAGAUCCUGAGAGGACAGAUCAAAGCAGAGCGGGAGCUGGAAAAUGACCAAGCACUAAUCAACCAGCAAAUCCAAGAAAACCAGCAGUGGCUUAUAAAUGAGAAUAAACGUCUGGCUGCCCUUCAGCAGCAGCAGAGGGAGUUUGCAGUGCAAACAGAGCCUACGCUGUAUGCAGAGGCCGAGGUGCAGAGUAACCCUGGGGUGCAAAUCUGCCUUUCCCUGUUACAACAGAACAAGAAGAGACUGGUGCAGCUGGAGCUUUUGCGAAGAUACUCCUUAAAAAAGGCCGAAAGAAACAUAAGGAGGAAAAAGGUCAAAUUCCAGCUGGAAAGAAUAGUCAAGAAGCAGAAGUUACUGGAAGCCAAGCAAAACCUAGAGCAGCUGGAAGCUAGCUGCUGGCUCAGUGAAGAAUGCGUGAAACAAUCCCAAGUCCUAAAUGAAAAUAUUGCUGCACGGUCCUCUUUGGAUCACCAAUUGCAAAAGAGAUGGAAGUCACUGGGUUCGAGUUCCUUGCAGCACAGGCAGCAUUUGUUCUGUAACACACAUCUGCCCCAGGUACCCAGCUGUUUGCUGAAGAGGGAGUCUGUCUCAAAGUUAUCUACCUCACCAAACACUGAUCAAUACUGUGAAGGCAGUCCAACGGGGAGGUUGUCACCUGUAGAAUACCUUUACAGAAGUGGUAAAGACAUUUCUGAGAAUGAUGACCUUAAUGAUGACAAGGGGAUCUCCUUUUCGGUCCAGGGGCAGCUAACUGAAAAACAAAAACCAUCUUCAAUUGGACACAAAAAAGUAGCAGAAAAAGACUCUAAUGAUUCAGCUAUCAUGGCUCAUAUCAAUAAAAAUUAUCAAAAAAUUGAAAAGUUGGAUGACAACCCAGGGCAAGCUGGAUCUCAAAACCAGACCUCUAAAGACUCCUCUCCUGAUCUUUUUAAGGUGAAAGAUGAGCCUAAAACCUUUAUUACAGGGAAAAGAAUGACAAAGUCAAAGGUGCUAGGAGAUUUAAGUCAGCCUGCAAGUAGCAAUCUAGCACAAAAUAGAGCUCAGGUAUCCAAUAAAAAGAUUAGAAUGGAUAUCAAUGGAAAAGGCCACAGGUCUUCUCCAGAAAACUUUCCUAAACAAAUGAAGAAAAUAGUGUAUGGAAACCCAUCAGUGCAUAUAAACCAAACCAUCACGAACCGGAGCACAGAACCAAACUCAACCUUGCCAAGUCAUGAGAAAUCACCAGUGGAACAGAAAGAAUUUCUGGUGGCAGCCACAUCAGUAGGAAAUCUCACUAAGAUGAACUCACAGGCACCGCUCUCUUAUGUUGAAAAAAAGUGGCACAGUGCUGAGAUGCUAAGUGCUGGAGUGUCCAGAACAGCCACAGAUGUGCUGGGGAACUGGCAAGAGGAUGAUGAAAAUGAGAUUUCUGAUACAGACAGUUCCUAUUCUGUAGAUUCUCUCUCCUGCGCUUAUGCAAAAGCUUUCCCAGAGAAAACGAAACAAGAAGAUUUUGACAGAAAUAAAUGUCCUGCCAACACAGAAGAUUCUGAGAGCGAUGACAGUCAAAUGUCACAAGACUCUCUGGUAGAAAAAGAAAAUAAAGCCAAAAAGAAAAAAACAAGCCAAUUUCACAAGUUAAACAUCCAUCAUGAGCCAGCUAAGCUUAACAAAAGCAGAACUGAGCACCAUAUUUCAUCUUUUGUGACAUCAUACGCAUCUCGUAGGAACCUGGAAAAGGCUGAAAGAAGCUUUUCUCUGGAUAGUUUAGCUGAUGGAGAAGAGAUGCCAGCAGAAGAACUGGUAGAAGAAUCCAAAUCUGAUUCAUCUGAUGAAGUACCAACAGAGAUUUUCUGGAAGUUACAAACUCCUAGAUUACCAGCUAUACAGAUUGAAGAAGACCAUGAGUCCAAGACCUGCAACAGAGAUACAGAAGGAACAAGUUACGAUCUGAAGCUGAGCAGUUCCUUUUAUUUGGACACUAAGCCACAUCCUGCUUCCAGUAAUGCUUGCAAGCAGUUGCUGAAAGGGACAAAAGUCUCCUUUGUAGAACAAGAAAGGUGUCUUGAUAAAAGACUGUAUUAUGCAAGUGAAAAUCCUUUGCUUACUAAUGAUGCUUGGCCUUCCUGUGACUCAAAGGUUGACAUCAGCAACCCCAGAAUAACAACACCUUCUUCCCAUGAAAAUUUGGAAUUUCAGGAAGCUCAUCUGUGUUCUUUGAGCAAACCAGACCUUUGGCUGAAGAAAGAUGAUCUAAAGCAGUCAGCUGCUGAAGUUUCUUUUGUUUCUGGCUCUAAGCAGAUUCACAGCAUUACUCACUUACCACAUCGUGUAAACGAAAUAAACUCAGUUUUCUCCUCUGACACAUCGGAUUUACCUUUACCUGAAACAAUAACUGCAAGCAGAGUUUCUGAGAGUGGAUCAUUAAAUAAGAUUUUUAAGGAAUGGACAAACUCUAAUGAAAAUUCAUCCUUGGAAUCUCAAAAUGUAAUGUCCUCAUUUGUUAGCUCAGUAGGACCAAGUUCUUCUUUUGUUCCUACUUCCACAAAACAUGAUUAUUAUAAACAUUCAAAGUCACAUCAUCCUCAACAAGAACAACUGGAUGAAUUAUCUACUUACAGAUCUACCAGUGAAUGCACGCAAACAUUCAGCUGUUUGGAAAGCAGCUCCACUGCAGACUGCUUGUCACUGGUAUCUAGGAAAGCGGAGGAUUCUCUCCCCACAACUCAUCCAGAGCUGCCAAAAGAUCACACUCUGAAAAAAACACCUUUUGUCUCCGUGCAGACUGUGGAGCGGAGGAAUGGCUGUUUACAUGCAGAUUUAGAAGAUGGUUUCUUCAGAACUUUUUCAAAAGGUGAGCUCAACAGUGACUGUAAUAACUUGAUGGCAAUAUCAAGUGUGACAGAUUCAGGCAGAGGAAGUGCAUCUCUCAAUGCACCUGCUGCUGAAUCUUCUAUGGGACUUGCUCAUAAUAUGACCUCAACACAGACAUCUGCAGUAAAACACAUCCCAUUUGGAAACCAUGGGCAGCUUUUUCCCAUACAAAAAAUACCAAGAUGUUGUGAUGAAGGUUUCUUUCUCGGUGACUUAACAAAUAAGGACUGCUCUCUAGUAAGCAGCUAUGAGUUUCAGACAUUGGCUGGACAAGCAGAAGAAUCAACUGUUACAGAAGGUCUCCUCAGGUCUGGGGAGAGUGAUUUGGAAACAAUGCAAGAAACGGAUUAUGAACAAAUAUCUACAGAAGAAGUAACAACAGAGACAGAUUUUUCCUCAGAGGAGACAACAUAUCAGUGUCACCCUGCCAGUGCAAGUUACGACCAAUCUGCAACACCAGUAGAGAUGUCUGAAAAAGAGAUAAUCUGUAUGGAAACAAGCACAGAUAGCUUGGCAGAGGUUGUGCCAGAGGUGCCUUCAUUUAUGGAUCAUGAAGAAUACGAAUCAAAGGAUGAAGACUUGUCUUCACUGAAUCAUUAUGAAUUCAAACACAACCCUGUUCCAAAGGAUUACUCCCAUGAGUGUGCUCUAGCAGACAGUCAGGCAAGUUGCUUAUCCCAGGAAAUUUCAGACAAUUCUACAUUAUGCACUGAUAAUAUAAGAGAAGAAAGCAGUGAAAGCAAAGAACACAAUGCCUUGAAUUCUCAGGCUGUAGUUCAGAAAGAAUUUUCAUCCAAAUAUGAAAACUUAGUGGUAAGUGAAGUAAGUUAUUUCAUAGUGAAUGUAAAUGGGAAAGACACUAAGUCUUUCUCUGCUGCUAUUUGUGAAACUGCAAAUGAUUUUCUCCCAGAAUCUAAUUCAAGCAUACUUUACAAACGUUCAAUGAAAACUAAUCUUUUCCAAAGUGCAUCUGAGACUGAAAAUUAUGAUAAACUGUCGGAACACGUCACAGUGGUGAAAGGAGGUUGUAAUGAUACAUCUAGUAUUACUGUGGAAGUCAAUGCCACAGAAAGUUGUUCUGACGUACAUUCUGGCUGCCUUUGCACAACCUGCUCUUCAAAAUCAACAGAGCAGAAGAACAGCACACAUAAAACAGCUGACAUUUCUGUGGAAUUUGAUGCCACCAUUCUCCUGGAAACAGAAACACAGAACAAAUCUUUACUUGAAUCAAGAAAAGAGAAAGAAGCUUUUGAAAGUGCUUGCCCAGAGGACAUUUUUCUUGUUGAAGAUGAUGUGAAUUCACAGUUGGAAAGGGUAUUUGAAUGCAACACAAAUCCAUCAGCUACCAUUUCUCAAGAGGAGAGUUCAUAUAUAAAUAAAGAAUCCCAAUUUUUAAGAAACUUAGAAACUGAUCCAGAAGAAACCAUAGCUCCUUAUCAGAAUACAGAGGCAAACAGUGAUGCAGAAAUAAUUAACCAAUUAAACAAUAGUGUAAUCAACUUAGAAAAAAAUGCAUUGGAAAUUAAAUCCAGACAGAUUGAAAGUUUACCUGACAAUCCAGAAACCAAAGUUCAAAGUGUAACUGAAGACAGGAGAGGAAAGGAUUUUAAAGACAUUAGUCUAUCUCAGAAUCCAAAGAAACCUACUGAUGUUGUAGCUUGUGAAGUUCAAUGUGAGUUUAAUGCAAAUCUGUGCCUGAUGCGUGAAGAAGUGGACAAAGAUGAACUGCAGGAAGCCAGCAAUGAGGUAGAACAUACUCAGGAAUCAAAAGCACUCCUGCACUCUGGCAGCCAACAUGAAACAAGCAGCUUUUGCCAAAGAGAAAAAAGUGAGAAAACAGAAAUAAGUGUUUAUUCACCAGAGUUUUCUGUUGCUCCCAAAACCACUCCUUCAGCUAUGUGUUCCCACACAACAGAUAUUGUUCAGAAUAUUUCAGGGUCCCUUGAUACUUGUGAGGGGCUUGUACAGAUGAACAGAACAACAGAAAAUGUAGGUGCAACAAUACUAAUCACAAGGAGGCAAGCAAAUAUUUUAGAAAAACUUGAAAAUGAAGAACAAAUAAGUUCUAACAAUUCAGUUGAGCCUUGUCUACCCAAUUGUUUGCCCCAGGAAGACAAAGUUAAUGAAUGUGAAGUAACUGGGAGUGAAAAAGAAAUUACUGUGACAUACACCAAGGAGCUGCAAGAAGACAUGUGCACAGAUGAAAAUGUUUUAUUUACUGAACAGUUUCCAGCUGUGCAUCAGAUGUAUUGUGACAGAGAUGACAAAGAGGAAAGUUUAAAUCAGUUUAAGAUCCCUGAAAAAUACCUGACAGCUUCAGAACUAGAACAGAAUAUGCUGUUAGAGGAUGAUUCAAGAUACCGUGAUCCUACUGAAAUAAGUGAAGAUGGUGACUCAGUAGACUCUGUUACAGAGACAGGAAAUGUAGCCAAUUCACGUGAAUAUUCAGGUGAUGACAGUGCUGGUAACAACCAACGCAGAACUGAACAAAAAUCUACAAGUCUCGACAGACAUAGGUAUACAAGUUGUGCUACGCGAUCUCCUGAGCACAGCACUUCAGAAAACUUGAAUGUUGGUAUUGUUAGAAAAAGUCCUGAUGUUUGUGAAUUGGAUCCAGUAGGCUGUAGAGUUGAGGAGGAGGAAGUGCUUUUGAUGAAGCUACUACAAAUGGCCAAAUCAGACAAACAAAAGCAGAUGCUUGUAGAAAACACAGAGGAGGUAGAACUGAUCUUUUUAGAAAACCUGGAUGAACUAUUCCCUGAAAACAAAGAUAGCUACCAAAUGACACAUGAUGACAGCAGAUUAAAUGAAAUCUUGAGAAAAAGCCAGUGGGUGUCUACCAGCUUUUCUAGAAAGAACGAAGACAUCAACAAGCAACAAAAUCCAUCAGCAACACUGAAGCCUACAGAAAAAAACCAAGAACUUCAAGACUACCCAUGCCAGUCUGUAAAUCACUUUUUAUAUCUUGGAGGAAGUGAUGAUUCCCAUCUUGUUCAAAAUGUUCCCACUGCAUCAAAAGGACAUACAAAACCAUCUAACAGCAGUCUUGGAACUGGAGCUGUCCUGCCUUACUAUGAAACAUUAAUGGAGAGUGGAGGUGUCAGUACAUCUGUUACAGGCAACAAAAUGGGAGAUAAAACGCAAAGUGAGAGUGUAGCUUUCUCACAUAUCAUGACCACACCAGAAAGGCAGGAGGAAGAAUCCUUUGUAGUUAAAAAUGCACCUGAUCAUGCCAUAUCUGCACAACAUGUCAAUGAGAGCAGCUCUUUCACUUCCUGCAGUGCAGGUGGUCCUGAGUCUGAAACUGUUGUACUUCAGCAAACAACCAAAGGAAAAUCAUUUUCCUUGGAAAUAUUAGAUUCUUCUGAAGAUAUUAUUCAGGAUGCUCAUGAAGAACACAGUAUGGAUUUUAUGGUUAAUAAACUAUUAAAUUACUGUCUUAAUUCCAUGGAAGAUACAACUCAGGAGGAAAAGGAUACCACUGUGCCUGAUUCACUGCUCUUGAAUAAAUCAAACCUGCUUUCUUCUUCAGAGGAAGAAGUGAUGGAAGACAUAGGGAUGGGGGAAACGCAUUCUUUACUAGAAAUCUCUACACCAAAAAUCUUUCACAAUAUUAAUACAACCCAGAUAGUACUUCAGUCGGGGAGUUCAUCACUGCAUGAUGAGAAGGAGGAAUUUUUAAACACAAGCUAUCCUACAGCAAACAGUAAAACUGAAAAGGCCAAGUUUCCUGGUGCAGCUGGAUAUCAGCAUGAGCCUGGAGAAAAUCAGGGGCAUGAGACUUCUGAAAAGUGCUGCAUAGACCAAUCAGGCAACGCUGUUUCUGAGCAUGCUUCAGCCCUUUCAGAAAGCCUGAACAAGUCUACAAGGGAAAAUUCACAUUAUAGUAAAGAGUUUCUAAAUUAUAAUAGGAACUUGGGUGCUUCUGAACAUUCUCCUGGUCUUCUGAAUUGUCCAGCAUCAUCUGCAAGUAAUUUGAUUGCCAGCAAUGGAGACAAAACUGAAAAUGAUGCUAUUCUCUCUGAAGAAACAAAAUACUUUGAAAGUGAAUCAAUUGAUUUAAAUGUAUCUGUAACUUUUCCUAGUGUUUCUCAAAAAGGAGAUGAAAAGAAAAAUAAUUCUCCAGUGGCAGAGGUCACAUAUGCUCAGAAUAAUGAACUCCCUGAAAAAGUGGGAAGAAAUCAAAAGGAGAAAAUUAUUCAAGGUUAUUUCCAGAACUGCAAUGACAUAAAAGAAAAUAAAGUUCAUGAAUACUCAGAUCACAGCAGUAACACUAAUGGUGUGACUGUACCAGGAUCAGACUUGCUUGCUUUCCAGAGCCAAGGGCAGACUGGCAGUAACAAAUCAAAGUCUCUUUCAUCCUACUCAACAGAAGAAACUCCAACUGAUACAUCAUUUCAAAGCUCCAAGAACUUCAGUGCUUGUAACACAUCUUGUUUACCUGAGGACUCAAAAUCUCUAAUAUUUAGCCAGCUUGAGGAUGCACUUCAGGAUACUUUUUUGACUGAGAAAGUGACCUCCAGUUCUGCAGACAUGUGCUCUGUGAAAGAAGACUUUCCCCAAGCAUUUGCAAGUGUCAAUCACCCAUCCUUAGUGGCAUUUUCAGAAUCAUCUUUAGCUGCAGAUAUAGGCCAUGGUGAAACUGGCACAUAUGAUAUUUCACAUUCAAAUAUAUUGAAACAUUCUCCAUUUGCUGUUUCUCAAAUACAAGACACUCAGUCUGAUAAGGCUGUUGUAUUUGAUGAGCCACUAUGUGCUUCAGGAAGUAUUUUACUUUCUCUUGCAAAAGAAAAUAAGCAUUGUCCAGUGUCAGACACAGAGUGUAGUCCAUGCAAAAAUUCUGCUGUAGAUGUGGAACUUGUGUCUGGAAGUAAUCAUAAAAAACUUGACAAUGAUAUAAAAGUCGAUCAGCAUCACUGGGAUAAGGUUCUACCACACGAAGCUUGCACAGAACACACAGAGGAAAUAUUAAGUGAUAAUCCUCUUUUAUUACCAUCGUUACCUUGCAAUACUGAAAGGGCAAUUCUUGUUAAAGAGGGACAAAUGAGAAAUACAUUUAACAGAAAUGAGGAAGAAUUGUAUUCAAAUACUGAGCCUGAACAUCUUGCAGCAAAGACAGAGCAGAAAAAAACAUUAAGUAGAAAACCUGCUGAAAAGCAAACUAAUGUAUCCUCAAAUUCUUCAAAUGAAUUAAUAGGCUCAGAAGUUACAGUGUUUGAAACUCUGUAUCCAGGAGAUGUUGAAGUGGAUCCUGACCACAGCUGCAGUUCAGUUAGUCCAGCAUAUCCCACACACAGCAGAAGUGCUGAUCCCAGGCACCCGUAUCACACUGUCUUGGGUUUUGAAAGAAACCCUGCAGAUCUGCAAGAUAAUUGUCAGUAUGUGCCUACAGGUGAACACAUAGAACACCUACCAAAUAGAACAAACCCAGAGUGGAGAAAAGAGAUUUUACCUUGCAAAAGUAAUACAGGUUCAAGUGUUGAUAGCCCUACUGAUGAUGCCGAUGUAGACAAUUGUUCAACAGCUGGAGACACUAUAACAAGGAAUAAAACUUGGAAAUCAGAAAGACCGAAAUUUUCUGUAAUAAGUAAUGAAACUACCUCCAUAAAGUUUUUGCCAGAAAACCAUGAUUUGCCUCCUCAAGAACCUAAAUUGGUGCAAUUCAGGAGCAAAAGUUCAUAUUCUGCUACACAGAAUACAAAGAGCUGUAAAGAAAGUGAACAGAGACCUUAUUUACAAAGUCACAGAGUAUCAGCCCCAGCUAUUGCUGUUUUCUCUGAUACAGAAUAUACUUUGGAAGCUUCAUCCAAGGCAGAUCCUUUGUUAUAUUCUGCAUCUAAAUCACUACAAGAUUUAAAUAUGAGUGUAGAGCCUCCAUCACCAACUGGAGAUGAUCUUUAUGAAAUUGAAAGAUUUUCAAAGCAGGAAUCAAAGAACUUUCUAAAGGUUAAAUCUAAACCCAGAUUUCAGCAAAGAAUGGCACAAACUAAGAAGUUUGCAAACUAUGAUCCCAAAAAUUUACAAAAUUUUGCAGGAAGAAGCCAAAGCAGCCAGUCUUUAAAAGACUGUGCUACUCAGUCUCCAUCAUGCUUACUGCCCACAGCUCACAGUCUUGUGGGUGCAGAAGUAAAUGUCCAUUCAAAGAGUAGUUCUGUAUCUCAGUGUAGUGAAGGGAAAGGCGAAGAAGGUGGAUACCAGCCAGAUUUAAUUUCACAAGACGAUAAAGAUGUAAUCCACUUUAGUUCAAGUGAUAUCAACCCAUAUAUUCACUCAUGGCAACAAGAUGGAUCAUGCAAGAUUGGCUGGAAACAGUAUGUUUUUGGAAGUGCAAGUGAUGUCUCUUGCAAUCAAAUUCCUCUAAGUACAGAAAACCAUAAAGUUAUGAGAUGUUCCAGUGCGGACAAUGGACUGAAUUCUCAAAAUUCUCCUUUUCAUUCUCAUCUAAGUUCAUACGCUACAGCAAAAGUUUUAUCAAGCACUUUAAGUAGCAUUGAAGGUCUUCAAGGAUGGGAUGCUGUCAGACAAGACUUUCAAUCUGCAUACUCGAGUGACAGUACCAAGCAGUAUAGCAACGUAUCCAGUGAAACAUUGGAAACUAAUUCAGAGAACAACACUGCUGAAUUUGAGAAUCCUUCUGCACAACCUGGUAACUCCUCUAUGCAGGUUGAUGAAAUUGUACUACUAUAUCCUUCUGAGUCUGAAAGGUCUUCUAAAAAACUACCAGGGAUUACAUGUGAGCAGGGAACACAAACAGCAACUACAGGAAGGUAUAAAAGGCAGAGAAGACACCAGAGAAGUUAUACAGAUGUUUCUGCAAAAAGGGAGGAAACAAACAGAAAUUUAUUUCUUCAACCUUCUUGGACAAGCAUGCAGAACCUGUCCAUGCAUCUAUCACAGCUUCUUCAGAACACUUCUGAGCUGUUGGGAAACCUCUCCCAACAGAGUUCUAUAGAUAAUGAGCAGAAUGCCAAAAUCAAUCAAAGAGGAACUGAAGAUGCUGUAAAGACUACCAGAUCAGAUAGCUGCACUCAGACUACAGCAGAUGUAGGCACUCAAACCGAGAUUUUGGAAGAACCUCAAAGCAAACGUGAAGAAAAACAAGUGGAGGCAAAAAUAGAAAAUGAAUUGAGGGCAGCUCAGGCAGUAAACAAUUGUAAAGAAAUUGGUGGAGAUACAACAGGAAAGAUUCCCCAAAGGAAAGAGGAAACGCUGUCUCUUGAAGAAAGAAUAAAAGAACAAACAGGGAUGAAAAGUCUAGGCAAUCCUGACUUCCACGACAGUCUUGACAGCAUUUUGGAAGACUCCUUUAUGCAUCUGCCUCUCUUAUCCAGAACCUCCGCUCCUAUCUUACAUUUUCAGAAAACGUCAUUUAAUGCACAGCAGAAGGAUGCUUUUGCUAGUACCAGAGUUUCAUCUCUCACAUCAUCUUUGCCAAGUUCAGGGCAAGAUGAUUCUUCGUGCACUGUAGUUAGCAGCCCUACUAAUAGCACCUCUUACUCUCCAACAUCUUACACGCAAGAUAAAAGAAAUGUCAAUGAAACAGAGGCUCCAGCAGAAAGAAAAUUUUGUUACAAAAAUACCCUACUAGUCGAUAGGGCCUCUUCCCCUAUUCUUACUCUUAGUGCUAGUCCCAACAGCCAGACUGCUUUUAGCAAGUCUGUCUGCCCUGUUAAGGAACGCCUUGGAUAUUCCAGUGUCGCUUCAAGUCCCCUUCACAACCAGAGAAAGCAGAGGGCAGGUCCACAGUCCAGCAUGCACUCUCACGUGGACAAUUUUUCACAGACAGAAACAGAGAGUGAAUCAAGCACUUCUACAGAACAUAAGGGCAUAAGAAAGAAAUCCGGAAGUUUCUCAGGGAAGAAAGCAGCCAAAGAGCUUUUAGGACAGGAUGGUUCAAAAGACUUGGAGCAAGAGCACAGACUGAUGGUUGACACCCACACUACCAUUUGUGCAAAGCGGCUGUAUCACUCUAGCAGUAUGUUAGAGGUGUCGGGCCACAGUGAGGUUGUAACAGGUGACGUCAGAGACCACGGUUCACUGGCACAUUCGCUUCAUUGUAUGUAUGUUACGAGGGGAGGAAGAGGUUCUUCAGCUGGAAUCGGACAUGAAAAGUACAUUGGGAAUUCUGAUACCGCUUUGAUUCAUAACUAUCCAUCUCCAAAUGCUGAUUUACUUUUUAAUCAAAAAAUUAGUGCCACUUGUUCAAGUAAGACAAAUGCUGGCACAUCCUCAGAACCUCUGGUAGAAGCAUCUUCUCUACGAUUUCAUGAUUUCUUCUGGAGGAAUGAAAACAGCUGCCCUCCCCCACUCUCUGAUGUGAGUGAUGUGCAGACUUCCUUCCGAGACGACAAUACAGGUUUUGUCACUGAAAGUGAAUGUGACACCGAAAUCCCUCUCAACAAAAAUAGUACUUUUGCAAAACCAUACAGGCCUCGGAGCUACAGCCUCCGUGACUUACCCGUACACAAUAAAUUUAGCAACUGGUGUGGUGUUAAGGGCAGCCCUUCUCCAUCGUUACUCAGCUUGAGUGGCAGCGUGACUGAUUUACGAAGUCAGGCAGAAAAGAUGAUUAGAAGCACACGAGCAACAGAAAUGGAAGAGAAAUCCCAGCUUUGUGACAGCAGGAGCAGAGAGAUCGAGAGACUUCAGAGAGAGCGUGCCCAGAUCAUGUCUGGCGUUCACCUGGACUUGCAUCAGCAUCCCCUCACAGUGGAACUGACCGAAGCAAAACUCAAUUAUGGCAUUGGGGAAACAGAUGCCCUGCUGAGGGUCCUUCAGAGUGGAAAUGCAGACGAUACAGUGGCAAUUCCAGUGAAGCAGCAACUUUAUGAAAGACACAUGAGAGCUAUCGAAACUCUGAGGAAGGAAAGAGAAAAAAGGUUGCAAAGAUACCAAAGAAGCCGAAGUCUGAGUCCUCAAAAGCAUUUGAGUCUGUUCCAGACUCUGGAUCCAAGUCAGAGGGAUCCAGAUCUCCCUAGCAGACGCCGAGAGUAUCUGCAGCAGCUGAGGAGAGAUGUGGUGGAAAAUACCCGAGUUCAAGAACCAAAAAGAAGAAGCAUUCAACAUCCUUCAGACAUUGAACUGUUGCUCCGAGACUACCAGAGAGCACGAGAAGAAACCAAAACUGAAAUUGCCCGAGCAAGGGACAAACUUCGGGAGAGAGCAGAGCAAGAAAAAAGGCGUAUACGGGAACAAAUAUUUUCCCAGCUACAGAAGGAAGAAGCGAGGCUGAAGACUCUUGCCAGUACAAGCACUUUAUGCACAGACUCCAGCCUCAGCCUCUCCUCGGGCCCAACAUCUGGUUACAAUAGCAGUAAUACUGCUACAUAUACUGCAAGGAACUUCAGCAGCAGGGAAGGGCAGGUUUCUUCUGGAAAUACAUUGGUUUCAAGAGACACACGAGGUCGUUCAGCUGUUAGAAACAGUCAGCUUUAUAUGUUAGAGCAACUUCAGAAGGAUUCAACACUUGAAGCCAGCAGAAUUCAACCUCCUCUCCCUUCUAGUAGCACCAGCUGUAGGUUCACUCAUGGAUUAACUAUUUCUGUCAACUCCUCUUCAACAAAAGGAUACCAAGAUUUAUCCAAACAUAUCUUGGCUAAUGCUACCACUGAGGUAAUGGCAGCAUGCUCUCAUAACCUGAGGAACCUCUACACGUGCCAAGCAGCAGCUGGGUGGAAAUACCAGUGUACAGAAAAAGAGGUGCAGGUGUACUACAAAGUCUUCCCUUCAGCAACAAGGCAUGGGUUUCUGGGAGCAGGAGUGAUAGAAAGACCUCUUUCCUAUGUGUGGGGACUAGUGAGAGAUCCUUGCAAAAGGCAUCUGUAUGACAGAUCUAUCAAUACAGCUCGAAUACACAAGAAGGUAACCAGCCACAUUCACCUGGUAUAUUUAGUGACUGAUACCUCCCUAUGUUACCUAAAGCAACCCCGGGAUUUCUGCUGCAUUACUGUAGAAGCCAAAGAGGAGAAUUUGUCUGUCCUGGCUAUUCAGUCUGUCUAUGACGCGUCCAUGCCUCACCCUUGUAAAGAAGCAGUGAGAGGAGAGAUUUUACCAAGUGCUUGGAUACUGGAACCUGACAUAGUGAAUGGAAGAGAUAUCACCAGAGUUAUUUACAUGGCACAGGUGGAUCUUGGUGCCCCGGCUAUCCCUGCAAGGCUCCUGAGUUCCAUUGCAAAGCGGCAGCCCCUGGUGAUUGCUCGACUGGCACAUCUGCUUGCUAGUUAGUGUUUGUUUGGGACAAACAGGGACACUUCACAGCCGCUCACAUUUCACAAGGAGACAUAAAUGUCAGUAAAGGUAAUGGAAAAUGCUGGCUCCUAAGGCAGCCACCACCAAGCCUCACUUCAGGAGCCUUUCUGCUAAUGCUGGACUGUACAGAAAUAUAGUUAGAGAAAAGGAUCAUUUGUUUUAGCCAACUCUGCUUAGAAGAAAUGCAGCAAGUCCAGUUGGGAACCUCCUAGAGACGGCAGCGGGAAACCUUCAUGGAACAGCAGAAAGGUUUGCUGUCUUUAUAAAGAGCAGAGGAAGAGACUUUGCUUUACAAUAGCCAGCAUCUUUGAGUGUAUUAUUUAAUUUCUGUUUGCAAGCAGUGAUCAACCUUCUUUCUUUCAGGAAGAUUAGGCUGGAAGCAGUACACGUAUGGCCUGAGACUUUUUGUAAGUUCUUGAGCAGAGCUGCAAAGCUACUUUCUAAUGUUGAGAUAAGUAUCAAAUGCAGAAUUCCUAACUGUGUAGAUAAAUCAUUUAUCUUAGCUAGCUGCCUAUCCUUUCUUCCCCUCAAGAAGAGAAGUUAAAGCAGCGCAAUAUCCACUAGUCAUCCAACAUCCUGGAUAGAUUUUUCUCAUGUAAGUAAGUGGCUGUCUGCUUGCAGCCAGUGUAAGGUGUUUCAGAUUGCCACUACACUAUGCAGCAUCAGUGGAAACCAACACACCUCAGGACAGUUUUACUGCACUGCAGAAUCAGGUGCUUUGAAAUAAAGAAACCAAACAGACGGCUCCAAACAGUGACACUUUGUCAUGACUAGGGUAAUACUCAGUAAUCAGCUUGUUUCUAGAAUUUAAAUCCUGCAAGUAAGAGUAGCUCCAACAUUUUUCCACACACAUUUACCCAAAUGCAUUAAGAGCUGAAAAUAUAGCCUGGUCAUAGUCUUGUCACACUUCUUUGUUCAUAACAUGACCAGCUGAUCCACUGCAGCAAGUACAGACCCUUCCCAUUCAAUUACCUCAUGGGAUUUCUGUUGAACUUAGUCCAGCAAUCCUGCUGUCAGGCUUUACAUGUUUGUUCAACAUACUCCCUAGUUGGUUCACAUAUUCCUUCAUUUAAACAAAACCACAACCAACUCAAAUAUCCAAAUAACUUCAUUUCACUCUUCAGCACAACAGUACAGAAUCACUUUAGAUAUACCUAAGCAAUAAAAGCUGCUAUGUUAUGCUUUCAUUAGCUAAAAAAGUCCACAUUAUUCAAAAAAGCUCUUGCACUUUAAAUUUGUCAAGUGAGAAAUGUGUAUUCAAGCAUCCACCUUAUUGGAGUCAGUGCCUGCUACUUUAACAUAGUUACUUUCAGUAAAAGGUGCAUUUUCCCAGCAUAUGGUGAAGUUAGCUGCACUCCCCACCUUUGAGUUCAAGAGCCAAGAUCUACUUUUACUAUAUCUUUGGACAGGUGUAAUUUUGGCUCACAGCUUCUAUGUUACUUCCUGUUACUAAUAUAUUAAGUUUUAAAUGAAAAGACAAUAGCUAUUUUAAAUGGAUACUUAAGAGCAAUUUUGAUACAUGUCAGCCUAAUGCUUCCCCCCUAAACUAGACCAGGUAGUAUAACAAAACCUUUCACGUAGAAAUGUGCUUUGUUUUAUCUUUGGAUAGUUGUGGUUACAAUCUUAACACCAGUAUAUUACUGUCCUUUCUUUGGUGAGGCUCAGCCUCUUCCUAAAAGCCUGUCAAAGUGAGUCACAGCACAGCUCACUUGCAGCAUCGUGCAUUUUUUUUUCCAUAAUCCCUCAAGGAAGAAGUUUUCUGCUAGUGAGACAAAUGACAGAUUUCCUUUGGUGGAAACCCAGAAGGAAGAGCGAAAAAAGCACUGCAUUAAAACCCUAAUAAAAACAAGCAGAAACAACAGCACAGGGUAUUGGGUCUGUCCCCAGUGCUGCUUCCACAGAUUUCCACUAAAGAUUUGCUCGGUGCUUUGCUUUUUUUCCCUUUUAUUUUGGACAUGGCACUAGUGAUAAAGCAGUUUUUGUAGGAAAAACAUCUAGGGAGACUCCUGUUGUUCAGUGAUGCCAGUGCCUAUGAAGGAUAGUGUCUUACUGUACAGUGCAUCAGAUGUUUAUUUUUAUAUAUACUUUUUUUUCUAUGUUUACAAAUUAAGUUAUUUAUAUAUGCUUGGUUUGAGCCGGUUUUAUAUGCUGUCAAAGCUAAGUUUUAUUUUUAUUGGUAUUGAAUUAAUGUAAUUUUUUUUUUUAAUACAGUCUUCAAUUAAUACUAAAAAGCCUAUUUAUAUAAAUGUUUUCUUUUGCAAAUACAACAUUUUAUGGUACCUGCUAAUGUAUGGCAUUGGUUUGUUUGGAAGGAACAAACAAAAACCCAGCAGAUACUGAAUUUGUUAAUCUACAACAGGCAAAACCCAACUUCCUGUAAGUUCCUGCUGAGCAGCAGAUGAUCAAACCAAUUGUAUUGGACCACCUAGGGUUGCAUCUCUGCUCUUAAAUCAAGGUUGCUAUUUUCAUAUCCACAAUAAAUGGUAUUUUCUACACAAGAA